AUGUCCACUGUAGACGACUUUCCCAACGAGCUCCUGUUCGACGUCUUCACCCACCUCCCUCUUUCAGCACUCAUCGCAGCCCGUACGGUAAACAAGAGAUGGCGAGAGCUCAUUGCCGUCACCCCCGUUUCCCCUUCCCGCCGCAGACUCCUCGAUCUCUACAUAGAUGCCAUUAUCGAAAUGCGACUAGCAACGGGGCGACCCACUCAGGGUCGAAACGGCAAAGCCGGGUAA